CACUCUUAAAUAUGGACGAAAAGAGAGGGGGGAGAAAGGAGAGUGACAGCGAGAAGAGUGAAGGGGAGAGAGGGAGAGGAAGAAAGAGAGAGAGAGAGAGAGAAGAGAGAGAGAGAGAGAGAGAGAGAGAGAGAGGAGAGAGAGAGAGAGAGAGAGAGAGAGAGACGUGCACACACUCCAUUGCACAAGACACCUCCCGCGCCGACCCCAGCCUCUUCCUCCGCACCUCCCCCUCCCCCUUCUACAUCCUCGUCUAUGUCGACGAUAUGAUCCUCAUCACUGCCGACUCCGCCGAGCUCGAGCGCCACCAUCCACCUCACGAAGGAUGCUGUGUUCCACGGGCGCUCCAAGCACAUUGAGCUUCGCCACUACUUCAUUCGCGAGCUUGUGCAGGGUGGCCACCUCCAGCUGGGCAAGAUUGACUCUGCUGCCAAUCUUGCCGACAUCUUCACCAAA